CUUAUUUCCUUCUCUCUGGCUGGUCCAAAUUGUGUGGAUGGUUGGUAUUUUGAAAUGUCGAACGAGGUUUGUUGCCUCACAGCCAAAAAAGAGGCCUGGCUCAAUUUCUCCUCACAACAAAACAACCACUUUUUUUGUCUUCAUCAUAAAUAUUUAAACCCCCACGCUCAAUUUUUGCUUCAUCACCAAUACAAAAUCGAUACUAUUAAAUAUAUCGUCACACUAUUCCGCGCUUAUAUCAACAUCAGCAAUCUGCUGAGGAGAGACAGCGACCAACAUGGCCCCCCCCGUUGCCGUCGUCUGCGUCGGCAUGGCUGGAUCCGGUAAGACGACCUUUAUGCAGCGUAUAAAUGCACAUCUACACUCCAAACAUAAACCUCCCUACGUCCUCAACCUCGAUCCAGCCGUCCACGCCGUCCCCUUUGAAAGCAACAUCGACAUCCGUGAUUCGAUAAACUACAAAGAAGUCAUGAAACAAUACAAUUUAGGCCCCAACGGCGGUAUCCUCACGUCACUGAACCUAUUCGCUACAAAAGUUGACCAGAUAAUAUCGAUAUUGGAGAAGCGUGCCCUUCCCCCACCUCCCAACCCCAAUUCUAACUCUGGGACCGAUCCUUCAAAACUAAGCCAGACUCCACAAAAACCCAUUGAACAUAUCCUCAUUGACACACCGGGCCAGAUUGAGGUGUUUGUCUGGAGCGCGUCGGGGAGUAUUUUACUAGAGACAUUGGCCUCUUCAUUCCCGACAGUUAUUGCAUAUGUGAUUGAUACCCCACGAACAAGCUCAACAAGUACAUUUAUGAGCAAUAUGCUGUACGCGUGCAGUAUACUAUACAAGACAAAACUGCCUAUGAUUCUCAUCUUUAACAAAACAGAUGUGAAGGACGCGGAGUUUGCAAAGGAGUGGAUGUCAGAUUUUGAAGCAUUUCAGACAGCACUGCGUGAGGAGGAGGAGGCUGGUGCAUUUGGUGGAGCUGAAGGAGGGGUGGGAGGCAUGGGAGGUGGAAGUGGUUACAUGGGCUCCUUUUUAAAUAGUAUGAGCUUGAUGCUGGAGGAGUUUUAUCAACAUCUGAGUGUGGUUGGUGUCAGUGCUAUGACAGGUGAUGGGGUUGAUGAGUUCUUUGAGGCAGUGGAGGAGAAGCGGAAGGAAUUUGAGCGGGAUUAUAAACCUGAAUUGGAAAAGAAGAGAAAGGAGAGGGAGAUGGUGAAGGAGGAGAGGAGAGAGAUUGAGCUGGGGAAAUUGCUGAGGGAUAUGAAUGUUUCUGGCUCUGGGAGGCAUGAGGGGGUGGGUGGGAAGAAGCAAAGAGAGGAGCCAGGGACUAUUUCAGAAGCAGAAGAUGAUGAGGAUUCAGAUGAGUAUGAGGAUGUGAAACCUGGUGAGGAUGAUUUUGUUCGAAGGGAUGAUGGUGGGCUUGAGGAGAGAUAUAAGCAUGCUCUGGAAGAAUCGGCCCCAGGUCAAUCAGACCAGGAGCAGAGCUCUGCAAGAUAUCUACACUCAAGUAAUAUUGGAUGAUAGGGGUGAUUUGGAUUUGAAUUAUUUGAUAUAUUGCACUCUUAAUGGGUUCCUCUUGCCCUCUUCAUCCACAGCUCCCGCUUAGCGGGGGAUCUGUGCCUGGCAUGUUUUCUUUUAUGAUUCUACAUGCUUCAAAUAUGGUUGAUAUGCUCACUUUGUCUUCAAAAUGGAAGAUAAAAGCAACACUCAGUGUUGAAUUUAACUGAUGACUAUGGACUAGUGUAAAGAAAAUAUUGUUAAUUGUUUUUUCUUCACAAUCUUCUUGAGGUUUUUUUUCGUCGGAGGCUCAGAUAAGCUGGAUGUAGCACGUACUGGAAUUAUACAUAGAUAGAUAUACAAUUGAAUUCUCCUUUCCUCCAAGCAAUGUCAUUAGUAUUUAAC